AGGAUAUCCGGCAGCAGCUCACGUGACUUCCUCUUCACCGCCAUUAUACCCAGUGAAAAGUUUUGUCUUUAAACUGCUGUUGAGGGCAAUCCCUGAUUCACAAAGAUGGUCAAGGAAGACAGAACUACUUGGAAGUCAAACUACUUCCUCAAAAUCACUCAACUGUUUGAUGACUUCCCCAAAUGCUUCAUUGUGAGUGCUGACAAUGUAAGCUCAAAGCAGAUGCAGCAGAUCCGCCAUGCUCUUCGUGGGAAGGCUGUGGUUCUGAUGGGAAAAAAUACAAUGAUGCGCAAAGCAAUUCGUGGACACUUGGAUAGCAAUCCUGCCCUUGAAAAGCUGUUACCCUGCAUUAAGAACAACGUUGGUUUCGUUUUCACACGAGAUGACCUUGUGGAAGUGCGAGAUCUGCUGUUGGCCAACAAGGUGGUGGCUCCAGCCAGGGCAGGUGCAGUAGCUCCCCUGGAUGUAAAAAUCCCAGCACAAAUUACAACUCUUGGACCUGAAAAAACAUCGUUCUUCCAAGCACUUCAGAUUCCAACCAAAAUCACCAAGGGAACCAUUGAGAUUCUGAAUGAGGUCAGCUUGAUCAAAGCCGGUGAAAAGGUUGGGCAGUCUGAAUGUACUCUUCUGAAUAUGUUGAAGGUGUCUCCCUUCACUUAUGGACUGGUUGUAGAACAUGUGUAUGAUUCUGGAACUGUGUUCAGCCCAUCUGUGCUUGACCUCACCGAUGAAGAUGUACGCAAAUCAUUUAUGGAGGGAGUGCUCAAUGUAGCAGCAAUUUCUUUGGCCAUCAGCUGGCCAACAAUGGCAUCUGCACCUCAUCUGAUUGUGAAUGGUUUCAAGAGGCUGCUUGCAAUUGCUGUCCAAACAGAUAUUGACUUUGCAGAGGCAUCCAAGAUAAAGGAGUACCUGAAGGACCCAUCAAAAUUUGUAGCAGCCGCACCAGUUGCCACGCAGGCUGCAAGUGCCCCUGCAGCAGCAGCGCCAGCUGAAAAAGAAGAGGCUAAGAAAAAGGAAGAAUCUGAAGAAUCAGACGGGGAUAUGGGCUUUGGUUUGUUUGACUGAACUGGAAAAAAGCUCAAAGUUUGACAAUUCAAUAAUAAAGACCUUCUGAUUGAUGUA